UGGCGCAGUGCUGUCUUCCUCUUCCUCUGCCUGCGUCAAGAGCUUCAUGUUUUCAGCGGUAAGAUUUAAUAAUUAGCACCAAACUCUGUGGAAGUCAGCGCGAUAAACACGUUAUUUGUGACUUGACAUCAUGGCUGUCCAGUGUGUUACCAAGGUGGAGCUCACCGUGUCCUGUCAGAACCUCCUGGACAAGGACGUCAGCUCCAAGUCGGACCCCUUGUGUGUGCUGCUGAUGAGUAACUCUAAUUCUCAGUGGUAUGAGGCGGACCGAACAGAGAGAGUCCAGAACUGCCUCAAUCCAAAGUUUGCCAAAAAGUUUGUUGUUGACUAUUACUUUGAAAUAGUUCAGACGCUGAAGUUUGGGAUUUAUGACAUUGACAAUAAAACAGUAGACCUGAGUGAUGAUGACUUCCUGGGGGAGCUGGAGUGCACUUUGGGUCAGGUUGUAUCCAGCAAGAACCUGACCAGACCUCUGAUCCUGAAGAACAAGACGCCAGCAGGAAAGGGGACCAUCACAGUCACUGCUGAGGAAAUUAAAGACAACAGGGUGGUGAAUUUUGAGGUGCAGGCGAGGAAACUAGACAACAAGGAUUUAUUUGGGAAGUCAGACCCUUAUUUGGAAUUCCACAAGCAGACAGAAAGUGGGUGGCAGCUUGCUCACAGGACCGAGGUGGUGAAGAAUAACUUGAAUCCAACGUGGAAGCCCUUCCGAAUCCCCCUUCAGUCUCUUUGUGGAGGAGACAUGGAGAAACCUAUCAAGGUGGAGUGCUACGACUACGACAACGACGGCUCUCAUGAUCUUAUCGGCUCCUUCGAGACCACAUUGAAACGUCUCCAGGAGGCCUCCCAGACCUCUCCGGCAGAGUUUGAAUGCAUCAACAGUAAAAAGAAGCAGAAGAAGAAAGGCUACAAGAACUCUGGCGUCGUGUGUGUGAAGCUGUGCCAGGUUGUGAAGGAGUACACCUUCCUGGAUUAUAUAAUGGGAGGCUGUCAGAUCAACUUCACUGUAGCGGUGGACUUCACAGGCUCCAACGGGGACCCCAGAUCUCCCGACUCCCUGCAUUACAUCAGUCCUCAGGGCGUUAACGAGUACCUCACUGCUAUUUGGUCUGUGGGGAACGUCAUCCAGGACUAUGACAGUGACAAGAUGUUUCCUGCGUUUGGCUUUGGAGCUCAGAUUCCACCCACAUGGCAGGUUUCUCAUGAGUUUCCUCUCAACUUCAACGCCUCCAAUCCGUUUUGUGCAGGUAUAGAAGGUGUGGUGCAGGCCUACAGGGCAUGUCUGCCUCAGGUUAAACUGUACGGUCCCACUAACUUCUCCCCCAUCAUCAACCACGUUGCCUGUUUUGCUAAGCAAGCGCUCCAGCAAACCACCGCAUCACAAUACUAUGUCCUGCUCAUCAUCACCGACGGAGUCAUCACUGACAUGGACGAGACGCGCAACUCCAUCGUCAACGCCUCGCGGCUGCCCAUGUCCAUCAUCAUUGUCGGCGUCGGAGGGGCAGACUUCAGCGCCAUGGAGUUCCUGGAUGGAGACAACGGCCGUCUGCGCUCUCUAACCGGUGAAGUGGCUGUGAGGGACAUCGUCCAGUUUGUGCCAUUCAGGCAGUUUCAAAACGCGCCCAGCCAGGCUCUAGCCCAAAGCGUACUGGCCGAGUUGCCUCAGCAAGUUACCUCGUUCUUCAGUUCUUUCAAACUGAAGCCUCCCCGCGAUCCCGGUCCUCCUGUGUUAACUCAUUAAACCCUGCAUUUCCUGCUCUGCCUGCAUGAUUACCCAUACGAAGCCUUGUUCAGACCUGGUCCUGAUUAGAUCAACCAGAACUCGUCAGCACCAGAUCUGAACAAAACUUUUAUUACGAAACAUCAGAGGAAGUGAUUUCUGUUCUAAUUCUCAUAUCUGUGUUCAGUCCUGCUCGUGCGGAGUCCGAAAUGGAAAACACUUCUGCUUAUGCCUGUUGGCUCUCGGGGCUUCAAGUAUGGAGCUAGGAUGGGAAAAAUAUUACAUGCAACUUUUAACAUCAUUUUGUAACUUUGGUAUGGUAACAAUUCUCGUUUUGACACACGUAACUUUUGUUUUGUAGCAUGUAAUUCUCGUUAUUAUGUGUUACAAUUAGGGUUGUCAAGGUAUGAAAAUUUAACCUCACGGUUAUUGUGACCAAAAUUAUCACGGUUUUCGUUAUUAUCGCGGUAUUUUUUAAACUGUGUUGCAUAUGUUCAGAAAGCAUUGAUAGUCCUGUUCUACACAAACUGAAAUAGUUUUGAAAAGGUUUAACAGUGUUUAUUAAACCUAAAAUAACACAAAGCCUUAGCAAAAGUGCAACUUUUCACAAGUAAAGGAACAAAUAGCUUCUUUUUCUGGAACAUGUUACAGUAGUCAGUGCAGGUUUAAAUUAUACAAAUCCAAACAUUCAAAACAUAAACAAUAUGUAAACAAAUCAAAGAAACACCACUUGUUUUCUCAUAUACUUGUUUUCUUCAUUAUCAAAAUGAAAAUCUAAAACUCCAGUCCACACUUGACUUGAGCGCUGUACAAGUCAACCUUAAAAAAUCUGUAUUUAAAAUAAAUAGCCACUUUAAACAAAUGACUAAAAUAACUACUACACUAUGUAAUCAAAUCCAAAUGUUCAAGUAUAAAUGGCAUUGAAUAAGUAAACAAAUCAAUGACAAGGAACUAAUUGUAUAUUUCUCUUCAUCAUCAACAAAUACGAUGCUUCAUCCAGCAACAGGGUGUCCGUGACACGGUUUAAAUGCUGGCAGAGGACGCUGCGGCUGCAGUAUAUAGUGACUCGUUGCAUUCUCCCUCAACCAAAAGUCCUCACGUCAUGCAUUUAAGCUAAAAUGCUAAUGUUAACUUACCUUGCACUGGCUGUAGAGACGCGGGUGAUGGUCACUCAGAUGUGCCAUUAGAUUGGAAGUGUUGCUGCCUUUUGCAGACACUUGUUUCCUGCACGUUCUGCAAACGGGAUAGCCGUCUUCUAUUAACUGUCCCUCAGCGUUUUUCAGAAAUCCAAAAUAUGCCCAUACUUCCGAUUUAGUCUUCUUUGAGGGCUGAUUGAUGUCCUGGGCGCUGCCGUCUCCUCCUUUGGCCAUUAGUUCAGCUUCAAAGUUUUUGUUGCAAACUAAAAAGUGCGUGUGCGCGGGAACUUCAGCAGAAGCGACGGUGGCUGGUAAGGGUCACCGCGCCUGAACCGCGGCCACGGUAAACCCACCGAGAUAAUUUAGUUUUUUAAAAACUGGACGGUUAUUUUUAUUGUCAACUUUUUUACCGGGGUUUACCGCUAUACCGGUUACCGUGACAACCCUAGUUACAAUACAAAAGUUACAAAACAAGUUACGUGUAAUAUAACCCCAAUCCUAGCUCUAUGUUCAAGCUGCAGGAUUACAGCAAUAGCUAGCCUUUCACUUCCUGUACUGCUGUGAUGCUGCAGUAUGCCUGCAUGGUCACAAAGCUGUAAACUCCCUUCACCUGCAUGAUGCCCUACAUGCUCACUCUUCUUCUCUGGUGGAAUAAUUAAUGUCACAGAACCUGGUGGUGAAACGUUCAUGGCUGCUGUUUUUUACCUUUCUUCCUCGUCCAGGCUCCUCGUGAGGCGCUGGCUAAGACAGUGUUAGCUGAAGUUCCAGCCCAGUUAGUGGACUUCUUCAACACCCUGAAGCUGAAUCCUCCAAACCAAAAUCCUGCACAAACCGUGACGCCUUAAAGCGUCCAGCCUGGUCUCCAGCCGAUAGGAAUGAUGAGAAAUGAGUCUUUAGACGUGAGUCAACCCAGCUCAUGUCUGCACGCUUUGAGAGCAUUUUAAGCAGCUGAUCAGGGUAGAUCU